AAGUUGACCUCCGGAGAUUCUCUUUCCUCAGACAUAGCCUCAAAAAGACAAGAGGAAAGUUUGCCUUUUCCACUCCCUUCCUGGGAAGAUGCAAAGUGCUUUAGUAGGCUCCUGGCACAACAAUGGCUUCUAUGGGCACUACAGAAGCCAAUUCAAGAGUGAAAGUGCUGGAGAAUACCGCCUUGCAGCCAAGCCCCAGCCUCCGGCAGUGUUCCUACAGCGAUGUCAGGAGCCAGCGCAGCAACACUUCUUCUCCAAGCAUGACAACCGCUCUUCCUUUGACAAAGGCCCCUACUGCCUGCUGCAGGGAAUCGGAAGGCGGAAAGACCUGGAGCGCCUGUGGCGGCGGCACACCUUCCUGCACUGGGCGCCCCGUGAGCUCGAGUUGCACCAGCAGGGGCCCCUGGAAUCAUCCUACCAAGCUGAUUUCCGGUCAGGGCCAGGACUUGGUGGCCUUCCACAGCGCCUCGUCCACUUUGUGCAGAUCCAGCCUCCCCGUGCCAGCACCACCUACCAGCAGAACUUCUGCCAGCCAGCCCGGGGUGGCCAUUGUGGCAGCAACAAGAUAGGGCCCCAGGCGCUGGUCACCGACAUGUUGCCUGAUCUCCCAGGGAUUCCAAGACCCAAGCUGCUGCAGCACUACCUUCAUGCUGGGGUCUCUGAGUGUCUAAAUUGGUCCAGAACAUUAAACAAGGACAGCUGA